CGGGGUCGCGGCGGGCGCGCGGGCAGGCCCCGAGGCUGGCGGUCGGCGGAGCCCCAGAACCGGACGGCCGUACUCGCAGCGCCUAGGGGCGAUCGGGCAGCGCCGCCGCCAUGUCCCUGAGCACCGGGGAGCCGGCCUCGGAGAUGGGAGAUGACAGCCUGUCUGCAAUAACCUUCGACUCUGACUCAGAGACGAAAGCGAAAAGGAAAAGUUUCCACAGACCUCCCCCUACAUCACCGAAGUCACCUUAUCACUCUAAGCCGGGAAAAGUGGCCUCCUGGAGGUCUCUGAGGACAGCCGGCAGCGCGCCUCUCGGGAGCCGAAUGUCCUUAACCCCCCAGAAGCUGUGGCUGGGAAGCUCAAAGCAAGGUUAUGUUCCUGGGACCCCUGUCUACAGAGAGAAGGAGGGCAUGUAUGACGAGAUCAUUGAGCUGAAGAAGUCAUUACACGUGCAAAAAAGCAACGUGGAUCUGAUGAGAACAAAGCUUCGGCGCUUAGAAGAGGAAAACAGCAGAAAGGACCGGCAGAUAGAGCAGCUUUUGGAUCCGUCCCGAGGCCCAGAUUUUGUUCGGACUCUGGCAGAGAAAAGGCCUGAUACUGGCUGGGUGAUCAGUGGGCUAAAGCAGAGGAUUCUCAAGCUGGAGCAGCAGUGCAAGGAGAAGAACCACACCAUCGACAAACUGCAGACUGAUAUGAAGACCACUAACUUGGAGGAGAUGAGGAUCGCCAUGGAGACGUAUUACGAGGAGAUUCAUCGUCUCCAGACUCUCCUGGCAAGUUCUGAAACGACAGGAAAGAAGCCUCCAGUGGAGAAGAACAUCGGCCUUAAAAGGCAGAAAAGAAUGAGCAGCGCCCUCCUGAGCUUGUCCCGGAGCGUCCAGGAGCUCACGGAGGAGAACCAGAGCCUGAAGGAAGACCUGGACCGCGUGCUGAGCGACUCCCCCACUGUCUCCAAGAUAAAGGGCUCUGUGGAGUGGAGCAAGCCCCGGCUGCUUCGGCGGAUCGCAGAGCUGGAAAAAAAAAUAAGUCUGAUGGAAAGCCCCAAAUCCCAUGCUUCAGAGGUGGUCAGGUCUACCCCGCCGGCUCACUCGGUGUCCAGCCCCACGGUGCACCGGCAGCCGCGCCCCGACCGCCAGGAGGAGAGCGAGCGACUGCGGGGGGUUGUGAAGAUCCUGAAGGGCGAGCGGAAGGCCCUGCACACCCGGCUGCAGGAGCGAGAUCUGGAGGUGAAGCAGCUACUGCAGACAAAGGCCGACUUGGAGAAGGAGCUGGAAAACAGGAAGGAGGGUGAGAAGGAGGGAAGAGAAAGAGAGGAGGCUUUGAGGGAGGAAAUUCAAGCACUUACCAGGAAGUUUCAAGAACUGGAAGAAAGUAAGAAAGGAGGGGAGGAGGACCCCGAGGAAACGAGCCCGGAGACCCGGCAAGCGCCCCGACCCCCCGGUCCCUCCCAGACGGACUCGGAGCUGGACACGAGCGAGGGGGGCUCCUCCUGGCCGCGCUCCGGCUGCUCCGAGGGCAGAAGAGAUGCCGCCGCCCGGCUCCUGCAGCGCCGCUGGAAGGGGCACCAGCACCGGAAAAAACAGGCCGCUCUGCACGAGGACUCGCCCGAGCCCCGCGUCCCGAGCCCCGUCGUCCAGGCCGAGGGGGACCCGUGGCAAGAGGAGGCCAUCACCAUCAUCCAGUCUGCCUUCCGGGCACACCUGGCACGGGCCGGGCACAGUGCUGCUGGUCCAAGAGCUGCCACUGCAGCGUUUCCCGACAGACCUGCUUGGGCCCCACACAGUGCACCCUCCUCUCCGCCCUUCCCUGCAGCCUCUCCUGGGCAGGAAGACAGCGAGGGGAACAGCGGGGAGACCGCGGAGGCUCUGGCUCCCGGGAACGGAGCGCCGAGGCCAUGGGGGCCAGGGGCGCCGGCAGCCCCGCCGCCCUGCUCUGCGGAGCCCUCUCCCUCGGGGCCGCAGCGCGCCGCGACUCCGCCCGCGGAGGACGUGAACUCCGAUGACUCCGACGAGAUCGUCUUAGCUCCGCCUGUGCCCACGAAGAAAAUCGCCUCCCCGCCCUAGGCCCCUGCGGUCGCCCGGCACGUGGCGAUGCCCUGUCCUGGCAAGGUUGGGUUCAGAGGACAGAAGCACUCAGACCGGAAAGGAAUUUAUCUUGUGAGGGGGAGAACAGCACCUACUUGACACCUCACCUCCGUCCCCGGUUUUUCUCUUUCGUUUUGCCCGUUUGCUUGUUUGUUGAGGGAACCCCGAAUGCCUCUCUUUAUUUUAUCUCUGGGAAGGGGUCGCCUACGUUCCGCACACCCGGCUGCAGGCCCGCGCCCCCCGCCCCGGUGGUCUUCAUGCCGGACAGACACACCUGCCCGGGCUGGGGGGCAGCAGGGGGCCCGGCCGAGACACGUCCUCUCGGGGCACCUCUGGCCACCUGCGGCUGUGCAGGCGAGGGCUGCUUCAUCGGCGCUGACGCCACUCGGCCACCAGCUCCAGGACAGGCAACGCGCCUCAGGGGAGAGCUGAUGCGAGAACCCUCGCCCUCAGCCCGAACGGAGGGCCCUGCGCACCGGGGAGAGCGUAGUCCCGGGCCACCCCUCCGCCUCCCCGUCGCCAGCGGGACCCCCGGCGCCCCGACGGCGCGGCAGCCCUUCUCGUGUUGCACCUCAGGGGCUCCGGCUCAGACUUGUCCUUCUUUCAGAAACUCCUGGGCCCUCCUCACAGCGGUCAGAGGCUCCCGGCUCCAGCACGGGCGAGGCGUGUGGCCAGGAGGAUCUAUGUUGCCCUGUCCCGUGAGAGAGGCGGAGGGAUCUCCCAGCCCCGGCCGCCCGGAGUCAGGCGGGGGGACCCGCCAGCCCCUUUCACCGCUUAGGUGCCGGUCAUACAGUGGGUUGAAAAAAGUUCAGCCAGGGGGCCAGGCUUGUGUCAUGUUUUCUUUACUCGGCCUGUGAGUUACCAAGUCCGUUUUUUCUUCUGUUUCCCCCGCUGGAGUGAUGGCUAACUCGGGUGAACUCACUGCUGACCUUUGCCUUGUUUCAUCCACUGGGUCCGUUCCUCCUCUGGGUGCCGGCUCAGCUAAAGGCCUGUAGGAGCCAGUCCACCAGUCAGGCACCCAGAGGGUGAUGAAGGCGAUGCCCGCGGCAUGCAGGUCCCCAGGGGGUCAUUCUCCCCCCAACCCCAUUCAAAAACGGGCAUUUCUGCAUUACUCCUUGCUCUCAGGAGCCCAAGGCUCUGGGGACCUAUGACGAAUGGGUCACUGUCAGGACGUCCUCGCCUGGUCCUGGAGGAAAAGGCCGUGUGUGCAGCGGGCUGGCCGUCGGCAGAGCUGGGAUGGGCAAGGUCAGCCCCGGGACCUGAGUUUUCCAAGAAAAUGCUCCUGAGAAUUGCAGAUUUGUACAUUUGUCUGCCUGUGCUCCUUGGGCCCAGCAAUGUUGAUCUAGUAAAAGUAAGCAGUCUUGAAGCCACCUCAGUAAAUGACUUAACUCAAGGCUGUGACCCUCUGACGCUGUGUGGAUCUGUUCCCUGGAGAAUGCCAGGUGCCCAGCGUGCUUGCGGGGCCCACGGCUCGGGGCUGGGGUUCUAGGGCUGCCGGAGCAGCACAGGGCGGGGCGGGACAGGGGCCUGGGGCCUACAGGGCCUGCCUUCUGUUUGCCCGCCUCUGUGCUGCCCCACUGGACGGGCCCGGCCGCCCUGCAGACAGACCAGAACCCUCGUCCCAGCAAAAAGACCGAUGGCAUUAGGAAAAGGACAGCCACCUAGCUCAGAGCAACCAGUGUGAGAGCUGCAGAGCUUUGCUUCGUUUUUAAGUAAUAAAUACCCUCUGCAGAAAGCCCCGUUCACCUUCAAGAGCUGAAUAGAAUUUAAAUUCCACGAGAAGCCAUCUAAGCCAAUUCAAACCCCCGCUGUGGUUUUGGAAGCAAUGUUUGCUCUCGUGUGGCUCAGAAAUUCUGAGGACUGGAGAAUGGACACUCAGACCUGCCCGGGGCCGGCCGGCAGCUGCUCCAGGUGAGGACCUCCCCGAGCUCCCAAGGGCCUGUUAACAGCUGAUCACGCCGGGUAAGCACCCUUUGAAGCGAGAGAACCCACAUCUGGGAGUUGAAAUGUGAAGCCAUCAGGUGGCUCCAGGAGGAAGUGGUGGACUCGCUGGUCUUCGACCUCUGUAUUUAGGAACACUCUGACCUAUGCGUAAUUUGUACACAAGUCUUUUGGAAGGCAUAAGGUUUUCCCUCUGUGCUACUCAUCGUUGGCCUUUGUAAAUAAAAGCUGUUUUGCAGGA